AUGAUCACUCCAAUCCCAUUAGCACUAUCAUUAUCAUUAUUCAUACCAUUACUCUCAUCCGUUUCAGCUACCUUUGAUCCUAGAUUAAAGGAGAGACAUCCUCAUAACAUACAUAAUCCACACAGAAGAGCUUUGAAACGAUCAAUCACGUCAGAUGCAUCAACAGUUAAUGGAGAUUCAUUCGAUUUCAUCAUCGCAGGUGGGGGUGUAGCAGGUUUAACCUUGGCCUCAAGAUUAAGUGAAUGGUCAAAUGUCACUGUCCUUUGCAUAGAAGCGGGCGGUGAUGGAAAUGAUGUUAUCGAUCAGAUCGAUACUCCAGGUUACUCUUAUCUCAAUUCAUUGACUAAUUCAGCUUAUGAUUGGGCGUACAAGACUGUUGCUCAAACGGACGCAUUGAACAACGUUAAAGGAUGGCCAAGAGGAAAAGGUUUAGGUGGAUCAGGUGCCAUCAAUGGUAUGUUCUGGGGAAGACCUAGUGAGGUUGAACUUGACGCUUGGGCAACGCUUAAUCCUAAUACCGAUGAAACAUGGAAUUGGGAUGAGAUAAACAACUAUAUCAAAAAGGCUGAAAAUUACACAGCUCCCAGCACAGAUGUUCAAAAUAAAUUCGGCAUGACUGUUCAAACCGAAAAUCACGGACAUUCAGGACCUAUUCAAGUCGGUCAUACCGAAUACAUUUUCGACGAAGUAGCUAAAUGGAUCCCCGCAUGGAAGACGUUAGGAUUCCCAUCUAUCGAUAACGCAGCUGGUAUAUCAAGAGGUGCCUGGCUUUCAACUUCAACAAUCAACGUAUCUAAUCAAACUAGAUCAGACUCAAAAGCAGGUUAUAUCGAUCCUUUACCACCAAGAUCAAACCUUGUCAUCUUGACAGGUCAACAAGUGACUGAAGUCAUCUUUAAUGGAACUAAAGAUGCUAGUGGAAAUCUCAUCGCUAGUGGACUUAAAUUCCAAGCUAGUUCAGGAGCUACAAGUUAUACAGUUCAGGCCAACAAGGAAGUCUUACUUUCCGGUGGUACAGUUGGAAGUGCCCAAUUGCUUCAGUUAUCUGGUAUCGGUCCUGCAGAGACCCUUUCCGCUGUUAACAUCGACAACAAGCUAGACUUACCUGUCGGAUACAACUUGCAAGACCAUGUCUCUUACUCCAUGUACUGGACAACUCCUCAAGGUACUUUCACUUGGAACAACUUGAGUGUUUCAGCCGAUCUCAAAGCUUCUGCUUUGACUGAAUACCAGACCUCCAAGACUGGUCUUUGGACGUACGUCAACGAGGCUGUCGGAUACCCAUCAAUGAACGAUAUCAUGGGUUCUACUUCUGAGGCCUCAACUUAUGCAACGCAAAUCAACACAGACAUGUCAACUACCGUAUCCAAUGUUCAGUCAUGGCUUGAUUUACCCACCAACGUAGUAACCGGUCUAUCAGCACAGUACGCUAUUCAACAAACAUGGAUGACAACAGAUGUUGGUCAACUCGAAAUCAUCCUCACCAUGCUUGGUAAAGGAAACAACGAAAUGGGUAUCCAAGUUGCUCUUCAACACCCGUGGUCAAGAGGAAAAAUCAUGAUCAAUUCCAGCGAUCCUUUCACUUCACCCAUGAUCAAUCCCGAUUACUUUGGUGUUGGAUAUGAUAUCGAUAUCAUGAACUAUGGUUCUGCAUUCGCUCGAAGUUUGGCGGCUGCUUCCCCCCUCAGUGAUGUCAUGAUCACAGAAGAUUAUCCAGGUGCUACAGUGACCGGUGACGCUUUAGCCAACUACACCAAACUCAACUCUGGAACGGAAUAUCAUCCAAUGGGAACCUGUUCGAUGCUUCCUAAAGAUUCAGGCGGUGUAGUGGAUACGACAUUGACAGUUUACGGUACAGCCAAUUUGAGAGUUAUCGACACUUCAAUUGCACCAUUACAUAUCUCAGCUCAUACCAUGGCUAUAACCUACGGUAUUGCCGAGAAGGCAGUUGAUAUAAUCAAGAAGAAGCAUUGGAAACAAGUCGUCGCGCAAAACACCACUUCUACAUCAGCCGCCGGAUCGGAUUCUUCUUCAACAGCUAGUCCAGGCAAAGCUACAGAUUCCAGCGUAGCUUCCGCCAAUCAAGAUUCCGUUAGUUCUUCAGGCUUAUCAAGCGGUGCUAAGAUAGGUGUGGGAAUCGGUGCAGGUGUAGGUGCACUUGCCGUUCUUGGGGCUUUGAUUUUCUUCUUCUUCUUGAGAAAAAAGAAGGCUGCUUCAAACGCGGGUGAAAAAGGUUGGUAUGAUCAAAGGAACACUCAAGGUGGAUGGCACAAUGGAGAUGGUGCAUAUAAAGAAGGAUAUGCGGCACCUCCAGCUCAAGCACAAGCGUAUCCUAUGGCCGCAUUUGAUACACAUGGAGAUGGAAAUGAUGAUCCAUCUAGAGGACCUGCACCAUUCUUCGCGGCUCAUUCGAGAACACAUUCAGUCGAUACGAUGGCAACAGCAGAUUUGGCUUCUAGGACUCCUAUGAGAUCACAAUCAGGAUAUGGAUUGAGUGGAUCUUCAACUCCGUAUAGAGAUGAUCAUUCAGAUGAUGGUCAUGGUGAUUUAAGUGGUGGUGGUGGAGUCGGACAUCAAUAUCCUACUCCAGAAGGCGCAGGUCAAGCUUGGCCUAGACAACAGAGUUAUCAACCUGUCAACAUUAGAUAG